AUGUGGAUUGGCGCACCUUGGUCUGGCUUGCCAUGGGAGAUCCGACAAUCGAUCUUGAUGGUGGUUGUACGCGACAAGCACCCUGGCUGGGCUUCGCUUGCAUCCGUCUGCACAGAAUGGCAGUCGGUCAUUGAAACAGAAAACCUCCGAAGAAUCACUUUGGAUGAAGACAACAUCAAGGGUCUGCAGAAGAAUAUCACAAAGGAGAGGCGGAAUCGGGUGCGGCACAUUCAUCUCAAUGUGCGCCUCCUGCCCUACGAAUGCGAUCGUUGCCGGGAGGAAGAGGACACGAUAGAAAUGGGCGUCAACACUGGCUUCGUAAUCGGGCCUCUCUACAAGCUCCUCAAAGUUCUCAGCACUUGGCCGGAGCGGCAGCCGGGAAAGGGACUCAAACUGGAGCUUAAUGCGUACUCCGACAGCGAUUGUUUACAUUGGUAUAGGCAUUACUACUACGGAGCCCCUGUCCAGACCGCCUGCUCCAGUCGUCACCAGCUUCGUGAUUCGCCGUUCGUUCCGCCGCUGUAUCCUCCCUUCGACCUGGUGCUGGACAUUGACGCCCCCGUAACGACGAUACGGAAACUGGUCAUUUUCGAACACACCAAUGAUGAGCUAUCUGUCGCGUUGAACGAACUGCCUGGCUAUGGCAACUUUCAAACACAAGUGAUUCCCAUAAUCACCGGGGCCUUUGCUUGGGCAAGCACUGUGUAUGAAGAGAUCUGGGUGUCGCUCUUGUUUGACGCAAAGGUCUUCUUCUCGUGCUGCUUCGAAAACUACACUUGGUGGCACUUACGAUCCUUGUGCCUGACAUCUCCGGCGCUGAACUCGGGAUCUCCCGCGGAAGCAGCUGCUCUACUACACGAUGCCGCAAGGGUUGCCAUGAGAAUGCCUAUGCUGCACACGUUGGUGCUGUGGAAUGGCGAGGAGCAGGGGCAGGCGUGUGCUUUCAUCUAUCGAGCCUCGAGCACGGGGCCCUCCAUUACUUGGCGAGGCACCUGGGAUAUUGGUUUGUACCUCACUUCUGUGAUUGUCGACGCAUGGAAGGCUGUUGUCUCGCAGACCGGUUGGGAGGACAUUUGCGUGUGCUCUGAGCCGGUAAAGGAAGAGAUUCGGUUUUUGGGGGACGCCAUCUACUACUUGCGGUUGCCGUGCCAGGUGAUUGAGCCUCAGUCUCUGUGGGAAAUGCGGAGGGAAGAGAGGAUGAUUGUCCCCUCGUCGUUGACCGAGGUUGAGUGA